AUGGAAUACGCCGAAAAGGAAACAAGAAGUUCGCCUCUGAAGUUCUAUGGUAGUAGUAUUCCCACUAGGAAGAUACUGUUUAUAGCAAUCCCCGCAGUUGUGCUGGUGGUUAUCGCCCUGUCGGUGGGUCUUGGAGUCGGUCUCAAUCAGGACACAGAUCUGUCAGAAGAGCCCUACCAUUUAAGGCUGCAAAGAGCGGUGGAUAUCCUCAGCAGAUAUCCGCUUGUUGACGGGCACAACGAUCUUCCCUGGCAGUAUCGAUCCAAAGCCAACAACUCCGUCUGGAGUAUCGACCUGCGAAGCGGUUGGAGUGAGGUGCACACUGACAUUCCCCGAAUACGCCAGGGAAAACUUGGCGCCCAGUUUUGGGCAGCCUACGUGCAGUGUAGCAGCCAGUACAAGGACGCGGUCAGACAGUCCCUUGACCAAGUGGACACCAUUAAGAAAUUGGUGGCAAGAUACCCGGAUGUUUUCCAGUUUGUCACUACUGCUCAGGGAAUUGAGGACGCCUUUCACGCAGGCAAGGUAGGCAGUCUGAUAGGACUGGAGGGAGGCCAUUCCAUUGACAGCAGCCUGGGUAACCUGCGAAUGUUCUAUGACCUGGGAGUUCGCUACAUGACACUAACUCACAGCUGCGACACGCCCUGGGCAGAUAAUUGGCAGGCUGAUGUCACUGGGAACCAUACAUUUAACGGCCUUUCCGAUUUUGGAGAGAUAGUGGUCAAGGAAAUGAACCGGAUCGGGAUGUUGGUGGAUCUAGCCCACGUCAGCACCAACACCAUGAAGGACGCCCUGGUCAUCUCCCGGGCACCGGUCAUCUUCAGUCAUUCUUCGGCUUACAGCGUGUGCAACCAUGACAGAAAUGUCCGGGAUGAAGUACUUCCUCUUGUGCAAGCAAACCGUGGUGUGAUCAUGAUCAACUUCUACCCGAAUUAUGUCAGCUGCGCAGAGAACGCCACCCUGUCGCAGGUAGCCGAUCACAUUGACCACAUUAAGAAUCAAAUCGGCGUGGACUUCAUCGGCAUUGGCGGAGACUAUGACGGCGUGCCAACCCUUCCGGUUGGACUAGAAGAUGUGUCCAAAUACCCGGAUCUGUUCGCUGAAUUACUCCGACGCGGCUACUCAGGAUCGGAUCUGGAGAAGAUCGCUGGCCGGAAUUUAGUCCGGGUCUUUAGGGAAGCAGAGAAGGUUCGUGACAACCUGGCAGCUGAACCACCAUUCGAGCAGCAGAUCUCAGAAAGUACUUGGAGUAAUCUCCCAUGUAGAACAGGCAUCUGA